AUGACAGAAGAGAAGCAAACUAUCGACAAAGAGAAGGCGUUAGAGUUGAAGAAUGAGGGAAACAAGCUUGUGAAGGAGAAGAGAUAUGCUCAGGCUACUGAGUUUUACACCAAAGCCAUUGAGUGUGAUCCAGAGAACUCUAUUCUCUAUUCAAAUCGUGCUUUUACUAACCUGAAGUUGGAUAACUUUCAGAGCUCUUUGAAUGAUGCCAAGAGGGCUAUUGAGUUGGAUAACAAUAAUUUAAAAGCAUACCAUAGAAGAGCUAUGUCAUACAUAGGUCUCCUAGAAUUUAGAAAAGCCAAAAAAGAUUUAGCUAUCGUUUUGAAGUUCAAACCCAAUGAACUCACAGCCAAGAAUGCACUUUCUAUUUGUGAUAAGGUUAUUCAAAAGGAAAACUUUGAGAAAGCUAUUAGUGGCGGUGACUCUUCUAAAGUCGACCUUUGCGAAACAUUGAACAUCAGUUCAUUCGAUGCUAAUUCUGAUCUCAUCAAUUAUACUGGAAAAAAGCUAGAAUUUGAGCAGGUUACUUCAGACUCCGGAUCGCCUGCAGGUGUUAGAGUCAAGAACAUGACUCAAGAAUUUAUCUCUUACAUGGUUGAAGAAAUAUUCUUGAAAGGCAAAUAUCUUCCAAAAGCAUAUGUGGCUGCUAUAAUUUCCCAUGCAAACCACUUAUUCAUGCAAGAAAACAGUGUUGUGGAGUUAGAUAAUAGAGAAGAUCCAAAAACAAGAAUAUCUGUUUGUGGUGAUACUCACGGUCAAUUCUACGACGUGUUGAACAUUUUCAAGUCUUUCGGUAAAGUUGGUGGUUCCAAUGUCUACUUAUUCAAUGGUGACUUUGUUGAUCGUGGCUCAUGGUCAUGUGAGGUUGCCAUUCUGUUCUAUGCUUUGAAAAUUGUCUAUCCAAAACACAUCUACUUGAACCGUGGUAACCAUGAAACUAACAGUAUGAAUAAGGUUUACGGGUUCGAAGAUGAAUGCAAAUACAAAUAUUCUCAACGUAUAUUUGAUCUCUUCUCUCAAAGUUUCGAAUCCUUGCCAUUGGCAACAAUCAUCAAUGGCUCAUAUCUUGUUGUGCAUGGUGGUUUACCAAGCGAUAUGUCCGCCACCGUCGAUGACAUGAAAAAAAUUGAUAGAUUCAAACAACCACCAAGAGAAGGUACGUUCAUGGAGUUAUUAUGGGCCGACCCACAACUUCAAAACGGCUUUGGUCCUUCUCCUCGUGGGUUGAGCAAUGCAUUCGGUCCUGAUAUCACAAGAGCUUUCUUACAGAAGAAUAAUUUGAAAAGAAUAUUUAGAUCUCAUGAAGUCAGACAAGGUGGUUACGAAUUUGAGCAUGAAAACCAAUUAAUUACAGUUUUCAGUGCUCCAAAUUACUGCGACACGGAAAGAAAUCUCGGUGCUAUUAUCCAUGUUAUGCCUGGAAACGAAUCAGAGAAAAAGUCAUCCAUUGAUGAAGACUUGAUCAUAGAGACGUUCACCGCAUCUCCUCAUCCGGAUAUCAAACCUAUGGCAUAUUCUAACGGUGGACUAGGGUUCUGA